CUCUUUGUUGUCGGCGUCACCUAGCAACCAACAUACACAAAAAGGAGACCAAGACAAGAUGUCGACGGAGAGAGAGAAGGAAGCUGCUGCUUAUCUGGAAAAACACAAAAUCUUCGACCUCAUGAAAAACUUGACCAGCAUGCUCUUCUUUUACAGACCCGAGGAUCCCAAAGAGUUUCUCAUUGAGAAACUUCAACAGCUAAAGCAAUCUCGAGAUGGUGGUGGCGCAAAAGCGCCAAGUUUGCUCAGCCAUGCUAAUCUGGACGCAGCCUUUGGGAUCGUGGACCCAGCUAAUGAAAAAUAUGUCACUUUUGCACAAUACAAGCAGGCUCUGAUCUCAUUGGGCAUGAAAGACAUCAAUGAGUGCCCCGAAGGUGUAAAUGAAGACAAAAUAUCCUAUGAUACUUUCAUAGAAGAAGGGAUGCAGAGCCUGGAGAGAUGCUCAGCAACAUAUGCACAACGUUAAGCUGUAAUGCUGGGCGCACAAUGAAAUGUUUGUAUGCAUGUGGAUGUUGGCAAAGUAAGCCUUUUGACAUGUACUGUGCUUUACAUAAAGUAAAUAUAAAAUAUACAGUUUUGUAUUAAUAUAGACACAUAGAAAAAACAGUAAAACAUGUCUGAUUCGGAGGAAAUUAUGUAAACGAGUGUUUUCUGUGUGUAUUUAAAAUAUGUAGGUUAUUCAUGUGCUAGUUCUUGUGUGCGGCG